CACGUUUUUCGCAGACCUGAUGAUCAGUACAUAGAGUCUAGAUUCGUCACAGAUGUUGUUUCUAUGACAACAGAGCAGCUUCAGCCUCCCAGUGGCUCCACUUUCUCCGCCUUUCUCCCCCGGACAAACUAGUUUUCGAAAAUUCCAAGGCGGCAGCGGCACGACUGGCGUUACAUUAAAACGGGAUUCGGCACUGCCAUCCUGCUCAUCUCCGAUUCAAACUCCGCUCUUCUGCACCACGACAACGUCCCCACUCAAUCCUCCCCCGCAAUAGAUUGGAUUCCCACCCGUUACCCCUCCAACAUGGGCCAACCGAAGAAGUCCUCGAAGAAGUUACAAACGCAGAUGCGGCCGAGAAACACGCGCUCGAGCAAGGGGCGGCUCCUCUCGGACCCAAUGUACAACACAGAACUGCUGACAGAGCAGCUGCGGUCACUAGGACUAUACGCCGCACCCACGGUCGGCGACGGGAAUUGUUUAUUCCGCGCGCUCAGCGAUCAGCUGUAUGGCACGCCAUCCCGUCACCCCCAGCUCCGGCAAGAUAUAUGCAACUGGAUAGCGCACCACAAGUCACGCUACGAACCGUUCGUCGAGGAUGAGCGGGGGAUCGACGAGCAUCUGAGAUGUAUGCGCGAAAAUGCGACGUACGGCGGCCACAUGGAACUGAGCGCGUUCGCACACCUCAUGCGGCGCAAUGUGAAGGUCAUCCAACCCGGACUGGUCUAUGUUAUCGAAUGGGCGGCGGGAGGCGCUUUGUCCUCGCCGACGAUUUCACGCUCGGCGUCGUCAUCGACGUCGAGUCUAUCCAGUUUGGCGGACUCGGAGAUUAUCGAUGUUGAUGCCGCAGAUUCUUCGCCAGAACCACAAGAUGGGACUGUCUAUGUUGCGUAUCACGACUGGGAACACUUUUCCUCUAUACGUAACUUGAAAGGCCCGCAUACAGGCCUUCCAUCUGUCCGAGAGACCAUCUCUUAUCCCUACCCUUCCGAGCCCUCCACCUCCCACGCCGAUCCUAAACAAUCCAAAGCUGAUGCUAAGGAGCGCAAACGUUUGGAGCGCGAGGCCAAGGACCGGGCCAAAGCCGAGCGCCAACAGGCUACUCUUGCUGCCAAACCCAAGAUACAGAAAGUACGGCUCAAACUAUCGAGUGCCUCUCCAGUGAAGAGUACCGCACCGCAGCCCCCGCCAAGCCCCGGUCGAUUACGCUCGUCGUCCAGUGCGAGCGGCACGUCUCGAGUCCAGCGGAGUCCCAAACGGAGCUUCGACGAGAGCAGCGGAAGCGCCGGUAGCGAGAGUGAGAGUGUUGCAAAGCGGACACGGAGCUCAUAUGCGCCUGCCGUCAAACAGGAGACACCGGAGGAGGAGGAUGAAGAUGUCGAAGCUGACGAGGAGAUGGAUUCUGGCGAGGAGUACGCCGAUGAUGAUGACGAUGAAGAGGGAGAAGCGGAGGACCUGAAUAGUGGAAACAGCGGAACCUCGUUGUCGCUGUCUCCCCCAGCCCUUUCAUCGUGCUCAAGCUUGUCGAGUCUAUCAAGCUUGAGCCCCAGCCCGCCUCCUGAGCCUAUUCCAAUCCAAGCACCAGUCCCGGCCCCGGCUCCUGUGCCGGCUAAACUCACCCGCCGGCAGCGGAAAGCACUGGGGUUGCCGAAGACGAGAGUCACGGCUGCGGCAGCGAAGAGUGCGGGCAAGAUCAUCAUUCCGGGUGGGCGGUACGACCAGGGAACUGGAGAAUGGCAACGGAAUGGAACGGGUCGUGUCGACGUCCGUGGCUUCCGCGAACUCAAGAUCUGAGAGCGCCCUGGCGGUGCUGCUGUUACGACUGGCGAUGACUUUCGGCAUACAUAUUUAUCCUUUCUCACUGCAUCAUCAUUGUCAACAACUUCACACUUUCCAUGUACAAGCACGCGCGCACUGGCAUUCAUCCAUCCUUAUCUAUUUGCACUCCAAUCUCAUUAUAUACGGGCCUAUUAGAGUAAAUUGUGCAUAAUCAUCAAGAGACGUCCACGUGACGCCAUAACCUCUCCAUCAUGUCCUCCAUUGACGCGUUUUUCGAACUCUCAAGCGC